AUGGCUUUCUGGGGACGGGGACCGAGGGCGCUCACUUUGGACCGCCAAGGUGUAGACGUAGGGAUUCUGCAUGGACUGUUCCAGAGCCUUGACUCAGCUUUUAUUGCUUUUACAGAUCCACCUCCGACCCUUAAGCCAGAGACCCAGCCACCAGAGAAACGCCGGAGAACAAUUGAGGAUUUCAACAAAUUCUGUAGUUUUGUCUUGGCCUAUGCUGGUUACAUCCCCCCCAGCAAAGAGGAAAGUGAUUGGCCAGCCUCUGGCUCCAGCUCUCCGUUGCGAGGUGAGAGUGCAGCAGACAGUGAUGGCUGGGACUCAGCCCCCUCAGAUCUCCGAACAAUCCAGACCUUUGUCAAGAAAGCAAAGUCCUCCAAGAGAAGGGCUGCUCAAUCAGGCCCCACCCAGCCAGGACCACCAAGGUCUACUUUCUCUCGCCUGCAGGCCCCAGACAGCGCCACCUUGCUUGAGAAGAUGAAGCUCAAGGACUCUCUCUUUGAUUUGGAUAGCCCGAAAGUGGCAUCUCCCCUGUCCCCUACAUCCCUGACACAUACUUCCCGGGCCCCUGCCGCUCUCACCCCACUGCCCCUUUCCCAGGGGGACCUCCCCCAGCCGCCUCGAAAGAAGGACCGAAAGAACCGAAAGCUGGGGCCUGGAGGCGGGGCUGGCUUUGGGGUACUUCGGAGGGCACGGCCAGCCCCUGGUGAUGGGGAAAAAAGGUCUCGAAUCAAGAAGAGCAAGAAACGGAAGUUGAAAAAGGCAGAGCGGGGGGAUAGGCUCCCACCUCCUGGACCUCCCCGGGCCCCCCCCAGUGAUACAGACUCUGAAGAGGAGGAGGAGGAGGAAGAGGAGGAGGAGGAGGAGGAGGAAGAGAUGUCAACAGUGGUAGGGGGUGAAACCCCAGCCCCUGUGCUCCCUGCGCCCCCUGAGGCUCCUAGGCCACCUGCCACGGGAACCCCUGAAGGAGCCCCAUCCACUGACAAUGAAAACAAAGAGGGGGGCAGCACUGAAACAAGCCAAGAUGGAGACGCCAGCUCUAGUGAAGGCGAGAUGCGGGUCAUGGAUGAGGACAUCAUGGUGGAAUCAGGUGAUGAUUCGUGGGACCUGAUCACGUGUUACUGCCGCAAGCCCUUUGCAGGGCGGCCCAUGAUCGAGUGCAGCCUGUGUGGGACAUGGAUCCACCUCUCUUGUGCUAAGAUUAAGAAGACCAAUGUCCCUGAUUUCUUUUACUGCCAGAAAUGCAAGGAACUUCGACCAGAGGCCCGGCGAUUAGGAGGCCCUCCCAAACCGGGAGAGCCUUGACCUCACCAACUCCAGACUGGAACCUCCAAUUGACAACAUGACUGGGGAACUGAGCCUCAGGGGACAUGGUCCCAUUCGAGGCAGGAAUUCCCACGGGAGACUUGCUUGGAGAAAUGUGUGUCAUGUUCCCAUUCUCCCCACCCCCACCCUCCAACCUCUGGACUUUAUCUUGGACCCACUGCAGUUGGGGGUGAGAGGCUGUCUGGGUCUCAGACACAAUUCCUGCCCCUCGGACCUGCCUGCCACCUCUCACCUUCUGGGUCAGGGUUGGAUUUGGGAUGGAAUUUUACAGAGUCUAUAAAACUCUAGUGUAAAUAUAGCACUCCCCUCCCUCAUUUCUUCUCACUCAUUUAUUUUCUUAUACAUCAGUUGCAUUUUUAAUUUUGGACUUCCCCUUUUGGGCAUGGCAGCUCAGAAAUGAAGUAGCACAGCCUGGUUGAGGGAGGAAGGGAAGCAGAAAGGUGGUGUUUCUUUUCUCAUUUUAUGGGCUGUUUGUCCGGACGGCCUGUGUGUUGUAAAUAAAGCAGAGUGGGCUCUUUGUGUUUAUA